AUGGGUAAAAGGGUUUUACUAGAGAGUGCUGCAAAGAAGGCAGAAGGUGCUUUCAGAAAGAGAGAACAAGAAAGAGAAAAGAGUAAGCAAGAACAGUUGAAAUUAGAAGCUGAAGAGGCUUCUAAAUGGGAAGAAGGUUCUAAAAAGGUAAAUAAUAAGAAAUUGUUAGAAGAACAGAAGAAACAGGAAAAGCUAAGGGCUAAGAGUGAAAGAGAAGCCUUACUGGCAGAAGAAGAAGCUGCUUUAGGAAAAGGUGGUAAAGGUAAAUUUAAAAGAAAGUAA